AUGACGACCGGAUUCGCGGCGUCCUUCUGGUCGAGCGACUAUGCCGGAGGCCUGGGCGUUCUUUUUGGGAAGCUGCAGCAGGGAGUCCAGGAAAACCAGCAGAUUCUGACUGUGGCCCGCAUGCGAGCUGAUGCCGAGGAGGCCUAUGGAAGCAGUCUGUCCGCCAUUACACCAGCCACCGAUCGCAUAGGCGGGGGCUUCAGCAGAGAUGAGGGCGCAAGCGUGCGCAAGGCCUAUGAAGGUGUGCGCACCGAGAUGGAGGCAGCGGCAGCAAACCACAAGAAGAUCGCAUCCAACAUCCGAGAGCUGGUAGUCAACCCCUUCGGCCGCUGGUGCGAGGCGCAUGCCGCCCGCGUGCAAAACUCCCAGGAUGACCUUCAAUCGCGCAUCAAGAUCCACGACCGACAAGCCGAUGCUGUCCGUAAGUACCGAUCGCAAUACUACAACAAGUGCCGGCUCGUCGAGGACUUGGAAGAGGAGGAUAAGCUGGCAUUCCAGGACCCCCAGAGCGAGGCCGCACAGAGCCCCAAGAUGAAGGUGCCCACCAUCAAGAUGUCCGAGCCAGAGAACGAGGAAGAAGAGCCUAUCGACCUUGGCGACGAGACCUACCAGCCAGACCAGGUCAAGAAGAUCCUCACCCACAUGCUAGAUAACAUCAAGAUCGCAGAGGUCAAGGUUCCCAUCCUUGGUACCUACCAGAACUGCUCAAGCGGUGCCGAUAUCACUGAGUACAUCCAAAAGCACAUGGCAGCAACCACCGUGAGCUAUGCGGAGCGCAUUGGUCAGGAUCUCGUAGCACAUGGCUUCCUGCGCUUGGUCGGCAAUGUUGGCAACACCUUCGCAAACAGCUCCCGGAUGAACUACCAGUGGAAGCCCAAGACGUUCCAGGUUACCGGACUACCGGAAAAGAAGCAGCCCCUGGCACGUUCUUCCACCGCCAUGUCAACUUCAUCGGCUGACAGCAUCGCCGUUGACUCGCCCGUCUCGACUGUUCAGGAGUAUCUCCAGGGAUGGAACCCACUCAACAACCAGUACCCGAAUGAGACACCGGCAGAGAGGCUUCGACGGGAAGCUCACGAGUCCGACGAGCGAUACAAGGCCUCCGUCAAGAAGCUUGACUCGCUGCGCUGCAACCUGGAAGAGGCUAUGGUUGACCACCUCAAAUUCAUGGAGCGUUGUGAACUGGACAGGCUGAAGGCUAUCAAGGCGGUCAUCUUGGAUUUCUCCGGCGCCGUUAGCAACGUCAUUCCUAGUCUGCAGAGCACCGUCGAUAAGAUGAUGCUGUUCCAGGAGACGGUCCAGCCCCUGGGCGAUCUCCGAUACAUGCUCGAGAACUACAGGACUGGACCAUUCGUGCCUAGAGUCACGACCUAUGAGAACUACUACAACUCGGUAGACGAGCAAACGUUUGGUGUAGACUUGGAGGCUCGGGCUCGUUCAGACAAGAAGCGUGUUCCGGUGCUCAUCACAACAGUCCUCACUUUCCUGGACAACCAUUAUCCCGACUUGGAAGGCGACGAAGCCCGCCGUGGCAUCUGGCUUGUUGAUGUUCCUCUGUCGCAGACCCACAACCUCAGGGCUGAAAUUAACACUGGCAAGAGAUUCCCUGACGAACUGCUUGAGAAGUAUGAUGUACCGAUCGUCGCUAGUGUCCUCAAGCUUUAUCUUCUGGAACUUCCCGACUCACUGGUUUCUUCUCACGUUUACGAGAUCGUCAAGACUAUCUACAGCACUACCGCCACAGAUGUGUCUGAAGAGACUCGGGUCUCUGUUCUUCAAUCUACUCUUGGCCAACUACGUCUCGCGAACAUCGCAACGCUCGAUGCCAUCUGUACCCACUUCACUCGUCUCAUUGAGCUGACUUCUGCCGACGAGACUUAUGUUGCAGCGUUGGCCAAUGCACUUGCGCCAUGCAUUCUAAGGCCAAGGCAAGAAUCGAGUUUGACAAUGAACGAGCGCUAUAGCUACCGUCUCGUCCGGGACCUUUUUGCACACAAGGAUGCGAUUUUCGGGGAGUUGAAGCGCGCAAGCACGCUCACUCACUCAUCUUCUGGCGCACAGCGUCCACGCGCGAUAUCCACAGAUGAGAGUAACCGACGAGCAAACAUGGAGGAGCGCCAGCGUGCCAUUGCGGCUCAGCGUUCUCCACGGGCAACAUCGCCAGCACCUGGCUCACGCAUCUCAGGGUCGCAUCGCCGUGACAGAAGUCAAACUCGAUUCCCGGUGAAUACAUCCUCGCCCACCGAGACUCGGAGGAGUAACGGAACAAACCGUGGUUCGCUUGAAGUACCCGGAAGUGAUGAUAGCCCCACCCACGAGACAACUCCUGUGACUACGAACGGUAUAACAGAGGCUGCUCCUGCUCCCGCUGCUGCCCCUGUUGAGCACCCAGCGCCAUCAAGCACGCGAGUGCCUUUCCCACGGAAGCAUGCAGGCAGCUUGACAAGGGGCAACCGGGACUCUACCGGUAGCUUGAGGAGCGAUGACACGGCGCCAAGAGGCGUUACGCUAGAAGACACACCUGCAGCACCACGAGGUGUUACGCUGGAAGACAAGCCCAUGGAUGAUUAGCCUUCAGCAUCCUACGUUGCGGUGCCCUCACCCAAGCCUCUCCAGAUCCCCGCACCACAGCCUGUGCCUGUGUUUGUGCAGCCUCCACCACCCCCGGCGCCCAUGCCGGCUCCACCUCCACCGCCUAGCCACAUCUCGUCUCACCAUACCCAGGCCCAUUCUCACCACGGCGGCGCACACUAUGUCGAAGUUUCUCCACGGUCGAGCAUGAGCUCUCGCUCCUCCAGCCCUAGCCGCAGCGAGUAUGUGUACACUGAGCGUGAGGUUAGGCGCGAACGCGAGCGCAACUACAGUCCGGAGAACCCUCGCUACGAGCACUACAGAUAUGUAGAGCCUGCAUCGAGCGAGAGCGAUCACUACGAGAGAUACCAAAGGCGAGACAGGAGCAGACAACGCAGUCGCAGCCGUGGCGGCUACGAAGAGACUAACACCAGGGUUGCGUAUAGCAGGCGCCCAUGGCAAACCCCGGGACAUGAUUGGAACACCCGUGCAACCCUCUUCCGCCGCUCUCUACCGCCGACCAUGUCUAUCCGCGUCCUAAUCAAAGACUACCCACACCGCGCAAUCGCCCUCGCUACCUCAACCCAUGCACUCGUCCUCCGACACAGCACAUCCACCACCGAACAGAGUAGCAACGUCAAUGCCUCGUCGACGUCGCUGGGGAGCAAUGGCGCCGCCGCGGCGCGCUGCAUGGUCGAAUUCACCCGGCUGGAGGAGAUCGACCUAGGCGAUUACCGGGCGCUACACUCAGUCCAAGUACACGGCACAUUGGGCUUGAUCACUGUAAACAGCGACGUGUUCCUGGUCGUCGUCAAUGGCGCGAGCAAGGUGGCCACGGUACGGCCUGGCGAGACGGUGCAGAGGAUAUACUCGGUCGGCUUCUACUGCUUGACCAGCACGAGCUACGAUACCCUGCUCAACGACGAAGUCAAUCCGUAUCCUACCGAUACCAUCGACGACGAAGGAUACGAAAUGGGCUUCGGCGGCAGGAAGGAGCAGUCGACCAUGGAACACCCGUGUCUGGCGCUCAAGAAGAUACUCAGCAGCGGAACCUUCUACUACAGCUCGGACUUCGACCUCACCCGACGAUUGCAAGACCGUACAACCGACGCCGCGACCGUUUCCAUCGAUAGUCUAGACGCUGGCUUUCUGUGGAACUCAUACAUGAUCCAGCCGCUGGUCGACUUCAGAAGUCGCCUUGCGCCCAAGGAGAAGGAGGCUCUGGAUGCUUCUGGGAUCCUGACAUCUGCGAUCCGGGGUUUCGCCCUUACAAUUACCAUCCCCAAAUCAUCUGCUCCCAUUAGGGUACAAGACUCGGGCAUGCCGUCUUCCAUGACACUGAUCUCCAGAUUGUCGUGCAAGAGGGCAGGAACGAGGUUCAAUUCGCGAGGUAUCGACGAUGACGGGAACGUCGCAAACUUUGUUGAAAGCGAAACAAUCUAUUGGGCGCCGUCCGGCGCCUGCUUCUCCUACGUGCAGGUGCGAGGAAGUGUACCCAUAUUCUGGGAACAGCAGGCUGGUUUGCUUCCAGGGCAGCAGAAGAUCACCAUUACUCGGUCGCCAGAAGCCACGCAGCCAGCCUUCGACAAGCACUUCGACAAUCUAGAGCUCAGCUAUGGCACAGUUCAUGUCGUCAAUCUUCUGAGCAACGAAAAGCAGAACGAACUAGAGUUGACGCACAGAUAUCGCGGCCACAUCAGAAACAGCCCUUUGAAUCAAGGAAGCGACAUCAAUGACCAACAGCACGAUCUCAUCAAGCUCACAGAAUACGAUUUCCAUGCUGAAACACGGGGGCCAGGUGGCUAUGAGAUGGCUAGUAUGAUCGCUCAAUGGAUCCAAGAUUCUGCCGAAGGAUUUGGAUAUUAUCUCUCGGAAGAGGUGGAUGAAGUCACAAGACACAAUGGAGAAAACUACGCUGUCCGCCGGACAAUGAGCAUAUUACAACAGGAGGGUGUCUUCAGAACAAACUGCCUGGAUUGCCUCGACCGGACGAAUCUUGUCCAAACCAUUAUUAGCAAGAUGGCGUUGGAGAUCUUCUUAAGUCACAAGGGCCUUCGAGCUAGCCAGGACUUCUGGGUCAGACAUUCAAGUAUGUGGGCAGACUGUGGUGACGCUCUUUCGAAAAUCUAUGCAGGUACAGGAGCGUUGAAGUCCUCGUUUACGCGAUCGGGAAAGAUGUCGCUUGCUGGUGCUCUGGCAGACGCUCGCAAGAGCGCCACUCGAAUGUACAUUAACAACUUCGCGGACAAAGGGCGACAGAACACGAUCGAUAUGUUACUUGGUAGACUGAUUGGCCAGGUUCCAGUGCAUCUGUACGAUCCCCUCAACGACUUCGUGGUUGCGGAGCUGGCACGACGGUCCGCAGAGUAUUCAGAGACCGAGAUGAUCAACAUCCUUGUCGGUACGUUCAACUUGAACGGAAAGACAAGUGGUAUCAAAAGCGAUCUUUCGCCAUGGCUGUGCCCAGACGUCGAUCCGUCACAGCAGUGCCCCGAGAUAGUAGCUGUAGGGUUUCAAGAGAUUGUUGAACUGAGCCCUCAGCAAAUCAUGUCGACGGACCCAGAUAGACGCGAAGCUUGGGAGGAAGCCGUUAGGGCAUGUUUGAACAACAACGCUGAGAAGCAUAGAAAAGAUGAAUAUGUCAUCCUCAGAGGUGGUCAGCUAGUAGGUGCGAGUUUGUCGGUCUUUGUCCGGUCAGACUGCCUAAAGCAUAUCAAGAAUGUUGAGGGCGCUCUCAAGAAGACUGGCAUGUCAGGUAUGGCUGGCAACAAAGGAGCCGUAGCUAUUCGAUUCGAGUACGCCAACACUUCGGUCUGUCUGGUUACAGCACAUCUUGCGGCUGGAUUUGCCAACUACGAAGAGCGUAAUCGUGAUUACAAGACUAUCAGCCAUGGUCUACGCUUCCAGAGAAAUCGAUCAAUCGAAGACCACGAUACUGUGAUAUGGCUCGGCGAUUUCAAUUACCGAAUUGGUCUGAGCAACGAAAAAGUUCAAAGGUUAUGUCAUGUUGGUGAUCUUGAGACCCUGUAUGACAACGAUCAGCUCAACCUCCAGAUGGUCGCCGGCUUAACCUUCCCAUAUUAUUCUGAGGCUCGCAUAACUUUCCCGCCAACGUACAAGUAUGAUCUUAACAGUAAUCAAUACGAUACGUCGGAGAAAGCACGCAUUCCUGCCUGGUGCGACCGUGUGCUUCGCAAAGGUGACAAUAUUCGGCAGAUACAUUACAACGAUGCCCCACUUCGUUUCUCCGACCACCGUCCAGUCUACGCGACCUUUCAGUUAUUGGUACAGCGAAUCGACGAAAAGAAGAAGGAUGCUGUGAAGGCGGCAUUGUAUCGGCAUAGGAGAGAAGUUGUGGGCGAUACUCAUGCAGCAGGACGUCUAGGCGAAGAUGAAACGGACGACGAGGAUCUCUUAGGGUAUGAUAGUAUUGAGCCAGGGCUGCCACCUGCAAGCUCAGACCGGCGGAAGUGGUGGCUUGACAACGGUUUACCGGCGAAGGCACGCGUAGAACCGCCAUCUAACAAUCACUUCCCAAAUCCAAACCGACCGAGCAACCCAUUCACGCCUAGCCCAGAACCAGAAUGGGUAGAUGUCAAGCACAUGCCGAACAGUCGCAGACCUGAGCCACCACCAGCACGUGGCUCACAAAGAUCACGCACAGUUGAUUUUGACGGUCCCCCGACAAGUUUACCGCCAGCGCAGAAGCCAGCAGCCCGCAAGAUGAUUGCGCCGUUGUACCCAGGCCAUGCCAAUCAAAUACUUGGCUCAGACGGUGCGCGAGACUCGCUCAGCGAUCUUCGACGUAGCGGAUCAAACGCUUCCACACACUCCAUGCCCAGCUUACCGUACCGCGCAUCAAACACGCUUCCCUCAGCUCAAUCCUCAAACAAACCACAAGUCCUCCGGAAACCAGCCCCACCCCCAGUUCCUAACAAGAAACCUUCACUUCUCUCCAAGAGUCCCUCGCCGGGGCCGUCAUACGCACCUCCUCCACAACGAUAUCGCGACGACCCUCCGGAAGAAUCAAGAGCACACCUACAACCAACAGCCAGACGGUCAAUGGCGCCGCCACCUAAUUUAACGAGAAAACCGGUACAAAAUCUUAUCGAUGAUGAUUUCGAGAAACCAGCCUUGCCACCACGUACCGGUACCGGUGAAAGCACUAGGAGUGGUGGUCGAGGAGGCAGAAGUUUGAUGGAUGAUGAGCCGGAAGAUAUGCGCAACAUGGGUGAAGAGCGGGAAAAGGAUAUCAGAGCAUUUACCCAACAGCGCUCACAGAGUACUCCUGGCAGCACCUUCAAUCCUGGGUACUAUAUGCAAUCUGAGAUUGUUGAUUUCGUGAUAUGGCGCUUAUUCAAGCGCUCAACAGCUCACAAGCCAAUGCACCUGCUCUGUCAUGGAUUCCAAAGAACUGGAACCACCCGCCGUGAACAGGGCAAUAAUGGGAAUCCGAGUUCCUCAAUUCCUAAUCUGCAAGAGCGUCAACCCAACAGCUAUAGGCAGACUUUGAAAGAGCCAGUAUGGUGUCGAUUGCACGCAUUACUUGGUCAGGGCGGCGAUCGCAUCAUCAUAGACAUGCUUCUGGAGUCUUCUAUCUUCAUUCCUCUUAAUGCAGAUAUGGGCAACUACUACCAAUUGUCCGGAAUGCCCAUUUCUGAGAUAAAAUCGGAUGGAUUUCAGAAGAGCAACACCGUAAGAGUCGAUGCGGGUUACGAAGCCGUCAACAAUCCCUCACGUGUCAAAAGCGAAUGUAAAACAGCAGGUACAAUCACGUUUGUGCGUAGUCGCAUGUUAUAUGCGAAAGCGGCCCUGAAUGCCAAAGGUGGUGUAAGGUUUGGCAUGCGCCACAUUCAUGUUCUCAAUCGUUUUCCUAGCCGGGAAGAUAAGCAACAGACGAUACACAUCAUGCGGUAUAUCUUUCCCCGUCAAUUCGGCUUGCACAAUGUCUUCACCUCCAAGGUAGAUCCGCGUGAGACCGCAAUGCCGUUCAUGGAUUAUACACUGCGCGAGAAAGACAUACACAGUAGAAUGUGCCGGGAGUUGGGUAGCGAAGCUACCAAUGCUGAAAAGAUAGUCAAAUGGAAACAGCGAACGCCCAAGAGGCUCCGAGGUGACGCUGUCAGGUUGGUUGAGAAACUUCGAGUGCGGAACCAGCGGUGUUCGUACAUGGAAAUGCUUCGUCAUUACUCUCCAAUCGAGGGAGUGCCAUUGUCAACGAAGCCGGAAUGGAGGAAGAGCGUUUUUCAGCCGGUCGUAAAGACAACUAAUUGUGAAAAGAAGAGUCAGUAUACGUCCAAAUCUCGCACCGUUGAGCAAACAUGUUUCACAGAUCUUGCAUGUCCAGCGGCACACGUCUCAGCUUUUUGUCGUGCAGUCAUCUCUAAGGUCAUACCCGAAGGCUUCUGGGGUAACGAACACAACAAAAGCAAUCUCAUGUAUUGGGUAGACCAGUUCAUAGAGCUUCGAAGAUUUGAGUCGGUCAAUUUGCAUCAGGUCACACAGAACAUACAGAUCACGAAAAUAGCGUGGCUGCGCCCACCCGGCCACAACGACGACACAAAAAUUUCCAAUUCCGACCUGAGCAAACGCACAGAGAUGUUUCUUGAGUUCGUCUACUGGCUCUUUGACUCUUUCCUCAUCCCUCUGGUUCGCACAAACUUCCAUGUAACCGAAUCCAAUGCACACCGGAACAGGCUUUUCUACUUCCGCCACGAUGUCUGGCGACUAUUGGCAGAGCCUGCUCUGUUGGAGCUGCGUACGAACAUGUUCGAAGAAAUGCCAACGGAAAGCACAGAAAGACUGCUAUCUGCACGCCAGCUCGGCUUCAGUAACAUUCGUCUUCUUCCUAAGAGGCAAGGCUUCCGGACUAUCAUGAAUCUGAAGAGAAGACAGCAAGUACUGCGGUACGGGAUUACGAUGCUUGGUCGAAGUAUAAACGCGGUGAUGACACCGGCUUUUAAUGCGAUCACUUAUGAGAAGUCACUACGGCCCGAACAAUUUGGAUGCUCACUAUUCUCUGUCGGGGAUAUGUUUCCCAGGCUUGCAUCUUUCAAGGCUUCAUUGCGACAACGGGGGCUUGGCGGCACUCGGCUUUAUUUUGCCAAAGUUGACGUGCAGGCUUGCUUCGAUACCAUACCGCAGUCACGCUUACUGCGUAUGAUCGACAGUCUCAUGUCGAUCCAAGCUUACAAGACGGGCAAACAUGUGGAGAUAUCUCCUCUUCCCCCUCUGCAACGUCUUGAUGGUAAACAUGUGGAUCCAAUGCCACUGAAAAAGUACAUCCCGCACACUGAUGCAGCAACGGAUAUAACGCCUUUCAAUCAACUGGUGCAAGAUAGGCUGGCAGGCAAAAAGGCCAACACUAUCUUUGUCAACACCGACUUGCAACGGCAUGAGACUAAAGAUGAUUUGAUGCAGCUCCUGCAGGAGCACAUAGAGAGAAAUGUUGUCAAGAUCGGGAAGCGCUUCUAUCGCCAGAAGACGGGCAUACCCCAAGGGUCUGUUCUGUCGAGCAUCCUGUGCAACUUCUUCUAUGCUCAGUUAGAACGCGAUAUCCUCGGAUUCGUACUUGAUGACGACUCUUUGCUACUUCGUCUGCUUGAUGACUUUCUUCUGAUCAGUAUCAACGAAGAGUACGCGCGGCGCUUCGUACGUGUCAUGCACAAUGACCAUCCAGAAUACGGCGUAGUAAUCAAGCCUUCAAAGUCAUUGGCGAACUUUGACGUGAUGACAGAGGAGGGGACCCGGAUAUCAACAAGCGGCUCAGAUGGCAAAUUCCCGUAUUGCGGCGUCUGCAUCGAUACAACGACGUUGGAGAUCAGCAAGAAGACAGAGCGCCCUACAAAGACCGGUGUUGAGGACUCUUUGACUGUAGAUCUGACCAAAAUGCCCGGCCAAACGUUCCAUCGCAAAGCUCUCAAGCUGGCUUGUAAAGCUUUUCAGACGGUGUUUCAGCGCAGGCAGACACAGCACCGCGCGCUACUAGCCUGGCUGAGAGUGUCUCUGUCAGCUUGUUGCAUUUCUGACAUGGCAGAGAGACAGAUGCUGGAGGAGGCAAUUACUUGGCAUUGA